UGGACUUCUGAAGGAAGAAAAAUGGAGGCAGAGACCAUUUUAAGUCUUAGGCAGCAACUCAAGGAAGCGGAGAACGAGCGAAGAAAGGCAGCUCAAUAUGGCUUGCAUUUAUUGGAGUCCCAAAGUGAAGUUCAAAAUCAGUUGGAUCAAACACGCCGCGAAUUGACUGAGCAAACUGAGAAAUUUGAACAAGAGAAAUACUCUCUUCAGAGAGAAAUUGAACUCAAGAAUCGAAUGUUGGAAAGCUUGAGUUUUGAAUGUGAUUCCCUUAAGCAACAGCAAAGCAUGCAACUGGAUAAACAGAAAGAACAGCUUGCCAGAGUCUAUGGACAAGAAAUCAGUGACCUUAAAAACAAGUUGGAGAACCUGAAAGCAGAACUAGAUGAGACCCGACUGUCAGAGAAACAACUGAGACACAAAGUGGAUCAUCAGAAGGAGAUAAUUGCUGCCAAAUCAGAAGAACUACAUAUGAUGUCUGAACGUGUGCAUGAGACCAUGUCUUCGGAAAUGCUGAAUCUUCAGAUAGAACUCACUGAACUAGAAAGUGUGAAGGCCAAUGUUGAAGAAAAGCUGAAUGAACUGCAGUACAGUAAAGAACAAUUAGAACUCCUAAACAGUAACCUACGUAAUCAGCUGGAGCGUCUACAAGGAGAAAAAGAAGAGAGGGAAAAAGAAGUUGUUUCUUACUGUAAUGCAUUACAGAAAGCUCAUGAAGCUAAUCAGGAGCUUCAGGUUCAGCUGGAUCACGCAGUGCAACAAUCUUUGGACCCUACAAGUAAAGGCAAUUCUCUCUUUGCUGAGGUGGAGGACCGUAGGGCAGAAAUGGAGCGACAGCUGAUCAGUGUGAAAAUAAAAUACCAGUCACUACAAAAACAGCACGCGUUCACUAGAGAACAAUUGCAAAGAAUGAAGCUGCAAAUGGCUGCACUGCUACAGAUGAAAGGCUCCCAGGCAGAAUUUGAGCAGCUGGAACGCUUACAGUCAAUGGUGGAACAAAAGAAUGGUGAGAUAGAAGAUCUUCUUAUGAAAGUAAGGCAGCUAGAAAAAUUUAAGACUUUAUAUGAGAAUAUGGAAGAAUCCAGAGCUGGUGGCUCAAAAGGGGCAGAGGGUGAAGAUGGUUACUAUGCAGAUUUACUCCAACUGAAACUUGACAACUCCAACAAGGAAACUGAAACCUUGAAAAAUGAGCUGUCCUUGCAGAGGAUGAAAGCUCUGUAUGAGAGCCAAAGGGUUCUGGAAGUUGAAAGGAAACUCUUCACAAAUGAGAGGCAUUUGCAAGCUUGUCAGAGUGAGAAUAUGAAUUUGCGAGUUAUGCUGGAUGAGCUAAAAAUGAAAUACGAACCUGAAGAACUAUUUAAAAGCACUAAAAUUAAAAAGAAGAGGGAGAAGAUUCCAAUGGACACUACUUGUGAAUACUUGGACAGCAAAAAUACUUCAGUAAAAGAAGCUGCUCUCGCUCAGUUGCCAAGUAAGGAAGAAACAAAGAUGAAUUCCAAGAACUUGGAGCCAAGUGAUGCUUCUCCAAAAAAACAGGCUCUUGAAGCACCCUCAAUAAAUAUAGCUCUUCAAGCGAUGCAAAAAGGAGUGGAACAUGAAAGAGAAAGAAAGAGAGUUAAAAUUCAAGAUGAGAAUCAUGAUGCCUUUACUUCAUAUAGCAGAAGUGGAAAUAAUUCCUUGACUUCAGCUGCCCCCAGGUUAACAGCUGAAUCCAGAUUUGAAACUACGGAAAAAGAAGAUAAGAAAGACAAUAAAAUCACGACUGAGAAGAAAACACAAAAGAGAAAAUAUACAACGUUGUAUGUAUCUUCUAAGCCAACUCCUGAAACACAAUGUGCUCAGCAAUAA